AUGGAGGUUGUCAACCCUCGUGCAGCUCUCCUCUCUAACUAUGAGGUUCUGACUUUGCUCCGUGAGCUUGAAUCUGACCAUCUUUUGCGCACAAAAACUGCCCUUCGAGUCAAGAAAGAGGAAGAAGCUGCGGCUGCUACAGGCGGGCCCCAUAUCCUAUCCACAACAUCACAUCUAGAGGCCAGCGAGAAUCUACGGACUAUCGAGGUCGAGGCUAUUGGAUAUCUCUCAGCUAACUACCUUCCAGCUGGAAAACAAACAGAAGAAGGCAUCACAAAACUCGUCAAAGACCUUGCGCCCUAUGGCCUUACAAAGGCAGAAAAGCUUCAGAUCGUCAAUCUUGCGCCUACGACGCCUGUGGAACUCUAUGUUAUCGUAGAAGAGUUGGAGGAUAGACUUGGCGACAAGCUAGACGAAAUUGUGGGCUAUGUAGACGCCUCUCUCACAGCGUCAGCUUCAGCGUCCAAUGUGAAAACGAAUGUUCUCGGUCCAACACAAAGCGGUGCUGACGUGAUGACUGUUGAGUCAACUGGUGCUAUAUUGGUAGAGGAAAACUCGCAUUGGGACGAGGAUGCCGACGCUAUAUACGACGAAGAGUAUUUCGAUGAUACUGGAGGCGGCGCAGGCGUCGAAGGCGACCUCGAAAUGGAAGAAGAUUGA